AAUUUGGGUCAGACCACAUUUUGCGUGCGUAAUUUCCUUAACCUAAAACCCUAGUUUUCCCCUGAUGUUCUUCUUUCUUCCGCUAAAACCCUAGCUCAGUUUUUUUUUCUUAUUUUACAAAUCAAUUCAUCGAACUAAAUUUACAAAAAAGAGGAAAGAAAUUAGGGACUUAAUGGAGAUGAACAUUGCAACAGAAGAUCAAAAUGAAGAAAAUUUGAGACGCGUUCAAGUUCGCUUCAUAACAAAGCUAAAACCUCCUCUGAAAGUACCGAACACUUCAAUUGCAAUCCCUUCUAAUCUCACUCGCUUUGGCCUCUCCUCUGUUGUAAACAACUUACUUCAAGCUGUGAAUUCUGAGUGCCAACCUCAGCCCUUUGAUUUUUUUAUCAAUGGCGAGCUCAUUCGCAUGACGCUUGAACAGUUUCUUCUGGCCAAGGGCAUUUCUGCGGAGAAGAUAUUGGAAAUUGAAUACAUAAAGGCAGUGGUUCCACAGAAGGAGGAAGGGCCUUCUUUACAUGAUGACUGGGUUAGUGCAGUUGAUGGCUCUAAUCCUGGGUUCAUCUUGACCGGUUCCUAUGAUUGUUUAGGAAGGGUGUGGAAAAACGUGGGAUUGUGUACCCAUAUAUUGGAAGGACACAGUGGUGCAUUAUCUUCCAUUAGUAUCAUUAACUCUGAUGGUAUGAGAGAUGUCACUGUUGCCACUGCUUCAAAAGAUCGGACUGUGAGAUUGUGGAAGUUUGAUGCAGAGGAGGUCAUUAAUCAUCCUAAGAAGAUAAAGGCCUUCAAUAUUUUGCAUGGGCAUAAAGCAUCUGUACAGAGCAUUGCUCCAAAGACUUCGGGAGACAUGGUUUGUUCUGGUUCUUGGGAUUGUACAAUUAAUUUAUGGUGGACAAAUCAGUCUAAUGCAGAAGGUGAUCAAGUGUCAAUCAAGAAAAGAAAAGUGAAUAAUCAAACUGAUGAAUCUCAGUUGGAGGCAGAAGCUGUGUCUACACUUGUGGGCCAUACACAAUGUGUAUCGUCUGUGGUUUGGCCAGAACAUGAAACAAUCUAUUCUGCAUCUUGGGAUCAUUCUGUUAGAAGAUGGGAUGUUGAGACAGGCAAAGAUCUUUCAGAUAUAUUCUGUGGGAAAGUUCUUCAUUGCGUCGAUGUUGGAGGUGAAGGUUCUGCCCUCAUUGCUGCUGGUGGUUCCGACCCGAUUCUUAGGAUCUGGGAUCCUCGUAAACCUGGAACAUCUGCUCCUGUGUUUCAGUUCUCAUCUCACAGUUCUUGGAUUUCGGCUUGCAAGUGGCACAAUAAAUCCUGGUUCCAUUUAAUUACUGCAUCUUAUGAUGGGAAAGUUAUGUUAUGGGAUCUGAGAACUGCAUGGCCUCUAGCUGUCAUUGAUUCUCACAAAGACAAGGUAUUCAGUGCUGACUGGUGGAGAGGUGACAGUAUAAUCAGCGGUGGGGCAGACUCUAAGCUUUGCAUUUCUUCUGGUGUAUCUAUACAGUGAGUUAACAAAAGUGAGAUCGUUGAUCUUCUCAUGGAGGAGGGGUGGUUUUUACAGACUGUGAAUGGUAUUGCAUAACACACCUUUUUUGGUUCAGAAGAUAAACAUCUUAGCCGAGUUAUAACCUCAAGGAAUGAUAUGGAGAGGGAUACAUACAUACUGUUCAUGUAUUAAGUUGGAGGUCAGUUGGGAUGUAUUAAGUUUGAUCCUAUGUUGUACUCAAUUUUGUUCAAGGAGCUUCAAAUUUCUAAAAUAGGAUUGAACUACUGUCCUUAAUUUAAUGUUGUUUUCUUCCAUUUAACUAUUAUACCUUACUUUAUCACAUGAUUUGAUAUGUCAAUAUCUAUCGCAAAGUUCUGAGAA